AUGCCCAAUGGCAUUUGUGUCCCCUGGCACUGCGGGGCGCCGCCCACGGCGGCUGUGCCCGCGCCGGGACAAGGGACCGGCCCCGCUGGGCUUGGAGGCGGCCGCACCGGGGAGCGGCUGCGGCGGGGCUGCGGGGGGACGGCGGGGCGGGAGGCGGAGCUGCACAGCGGGGAAACGGGCUGUGGGGAUGCUCGGAACCGGGCUGUGGGGCUGGCAGAGAAGGACGCGCACUGGGUCCCUCACGGCCCCGCCGACCCGCCCGAGGUGUGCUCGGCGGCGCUGCGUUGGGCUUUGCCCGCAGCGCGUCCGGCAGCGGUGCAGCUGUGCGGGGCUUUCCGUGACAGCGCUGCCCCUCUCUUCCAGAUGCUCUGGGGAAGGCUGGAUAUCCAGGCCAACGGGACAAUCCGGCUGCGGGAUGAAGAGCUGGCCUCCCUACGCCCGGCACGGCGCUUCCUGCAGGUUUUAGAGGAGGAAGUUCCCAAAACACCGGCAGAGAUUGAGCAGCACCUGAGAUACUAUUCACUGACCGACGCUCCCUUGCCUCCGACAGAGUUCGACCGUCUCCUUUUCACCAGUGUUUACAGUGCCUAUCAGGUUCGCUCCAUGCAGGGUCUGGAUAAAUCCCCCUGGAUUGGCUUUUUCUCUCAGCUGGUUGAUGAAAUCUUCCGUGACCUGUGCAAGGGGCUCUGCCCUGCAAAUACCACUCUCCUCCAGGCUUCCUGGCCUUGGAAGGAGAAGCCUUCACAUUUAGCAUCCCUGAAACAUUUCUAUCGCUCUAACCUGGCCAGGACCAAGAGAGACACCUAAUGAGGGAACCCCCGUAGGAAAGGGCACACCUGGCUUCAGCUGCCUCCUUGGUUAUUUUCAAUGUUUUCCACAGUGUGCAGGACUUUCAAUAAAUAUGCCACACCCUUUUGUCCUGCUUUCUGCACUGUGCUGACAACCCCCUCAGGAUUUAUGCGCAAGCUUUUAUUUUUAAAUGAAAAAAGGACAAAAGUGCAUUUCUCCCUUUUCUGAUUUUUUGCUAAGUGAGCUGUGCUGAAUGGGGCAGUGCUAUUUAGAUGUCUUAUCUAUCUUGAUCACUGAUGCUCAGGAGAGAUG